AUGAAGAAGGAAUUCGUUUUGUUUUUGCAACUGAUUGCACUUAAUUGCGCCGUUGGUCUCGUGAUCCCUCGACCCAAGCCGACAGUUCCCAUUGUCUUGUGGCACGAAAUCGGCGACAGUUGUGACUUUAUGUAUGGCAUGAAAACGAUACAACAGAUGCUGGAGAAUCAACUGUGGGAACUGUACGUCAAAUGUAUCAGACUCGGCGACGGCUUCAAGGCGGAUGUCAUGAACAGCUACUUCAAAGACGCCAAUGACCAAGUCCGGGAGGUGUGCGAGGAGCUGCAAAAGGACGAAAUGUUGAGCGACGGCUUCAACGCCAUUGGGUUCGGCCAAGGGGCUCUGUUCUUGCGAGCAUUGGUCCAAAGAUGCCCCGAUCUGCACGUGUUCAACCUCAUAUCGCUGGGUGGGCCGCACCAGGGCAUCUACGGCGUGCCGAAAUGCACCUCUGCCCAGUACUCGUUGUGCGAUUACUCGUUCCGAGUUUUGAACUACGCCGCUUACACGAAGGAUGUCCAGAAUCACAUAGUUCAAGCCCAGUAUUGGCACGAUCCGCUGCAGGAAGACGUUUACAAGCAGAGCAGUACUUUCUUGGCCGAUAUCAACAACGAGAGAAACGUUAAUAAGACUUAUAUCAAAAACCUUGGGAGGCUAAGGAACCUCGUGCUGGUCAAGUUCGUUAACGAAACAGUGAUCAAGCCCGUAGAGACCGAGUGGUUUGGGUUCUACUCGCCGGGCCAGGCCGUGCAGACCGAAAAGUUGGAGGAUUCGGCCAUUUAUAAAGAGGACCGGUUAGGUCUGGCGGAUUUGCAGAAUUCGGGUAGACUUCACUUUCUGGCGGUUGAGCUCUUCGACUACACCGAAGAGUGGUUUCUGGACAACAUAAUCAAAAGGUUUUUGAAGUAA